AUGCAUCGUAAUGUAAAAUCUGUGCAAAAUGCAUUUUCACUUGUGCCCAUUCGUCAUACAAACAACGCUAAUGAUGUUGUUGCAUCAAAAUCAUUAAAACCUGGCAUUUAUUCUACAACAUUAAAUAAUAUCGGUGGAGGAAAUGAUACAUCGUCCGGUUAUAUCGUGGAUUCAACAAUUAUACAUGAAAAAUUAUCAAAACGUAAACAAUUAGAACAGCCAGUAAAAAUACAUUUUCAUCAUCCUGAUGAAAAUGCCUAUAAACAUCACUCACGGCCUAAUUCAAAAAUAAUUGAACGACGAUUUUCGAAAGGAGCCAUACAUGACCUAUCAUUCAAUCAAGGACAUGAAACACACGAAUUUCCUCCUACCCACGAUACUCAUCAUGAUGUUGACGAUGUUGAAGAGAGUGUAGUGAAUGAAUGUAAGUUUAAAAACAUUUUAUUGUAUGGUGGUGGCUAUGACACUCAUUCUCAUACUCAGUCUCAAUCACACGAAUUGAAUGAACAUAGUAACACGAGAAAUGAACAUAAUGAUAACAGUCAUCCACAUGAUAGACAUAUUGAAUUUUCAACGGGAGCAGAGGAUAACGAAAAAGAUGAUAGCGUUGCACCGUAUUUAACAUCAUUUCGACGAGCUGAUAGUUGUGCUGAUCAAUAUCGAACACGACGACGGUCCAGUGUACAGUUUCUUGACAAACGUUUUCUGCAAGAUGUUAAACGGCAAAGUUCAACAACAUCAACUGAUGGGUCAGAUGUACUAAAUGAAUAUCUAUUGAAAUCAUUAUUGACAAUGAUAAAUAUUAGCAAUAAUAAUAAUAAUAAUAAUAAUAACAAGAAGAAUAUGAUUCAAAAAUUUUUGGCAGAAGAAGAAAAUUCAAAAGAUCGUUAUAGACGAGAUAGACGUCCAUCUGUUCAAUUUAUCGAUAAACAUAUUAUACAUGAAUAUAACAGACGACGAUCAUCGGGACAGAGUGUUGAAACAGAUAUACAACGACGUUUAUCUAUUGUUGAAUCGAUUUCUACAGCUAGCGAUAGUGACAGUGAAGAUGAGGGUGGACAAAAUCUUCGAGAAAUUGAACAUAGAAAUUCAUCUGGAUUCACGGAUUUUGCUGUACGACGAAUUAAAUAUGCCACGUAUGGAAGACGUGAGAUAGAAAUAGCUGAACAAGAAAUGCCUGGACUAAUGGCAUUACGUAGAAGAGCAGAAGCCGAUAAACCAUUGAAUGGAGCAAAAAUUGUUGGAUGUACACAUAUCACAGCACAGACUGCUGUCUUAAUUGAAACAUUGAUGCGUUUGGGAGCUCAAAACGAAGUCGCGGCUGCACUAGCCGAAGCUAACAUUCCAAUAUUUGCGUGGAAAGGUGAAAUAGAUGAUGAUUUCUGGUGGUGUAUUAAAAAAGCAAUUGGUAACGAUGUUGGAUGGCAACCAAACAUGAUUUUAGAUGAUGGUGGUGAUCUCACGCAUUAUAUACAGAAACAUUUUCCAACAUUAUUCAGUUCCAUCAAAGGCAUUGUUGAAGAGAGUGUGACGGGCGUACAUCGUUUAUAUCAAAUGUGUCGUACACAAAUAUUAGCCGUACCGGCAAUGAACGUCAAUGAUUCGGUGACAAAAACAAAGUUUGAUAAUUUAUAUUUAUGUCGUGAAUCUAUAAUUGAUGCUAUCAAACGUUGUACCGAUAUUAUGUUUGGUGGAAAACAAGUUGUUGUCUGUGGUUAUGGUGAAGUAGGAAAAGGAUGCUGUUCAGCGUUGAGAGGAAUGGGUUGUUUUGUUUACGUUACAGAAAUUGAUCCCAUAUGUGCAUUGCAAGCAUGUAUGGAAGGCUAUAAAGUUGUUCGGUUAGAAGAGGUCGUUAAACAAGUUGAUAUUGUUGUUACUGCGACCGGUAGUAAAAAUGCUAUUACACGUGAACAUUUGGAUAAAUUGAAAAAUGGUGCAAUCGUGUGUAAUAUGGGACAUUCAAACACAGAAAUUGAUGUUAGCUUCUUACGAGAUUCAGCAACAACUGAUUUACAAGUCGAAAGAGUACGGACAAAUGUGGAUCAUGUUAUAUGGCCAAAUGGAAAACGAAUCGUAUUAAUUGCUGAGGGUCGUAUUAUGAAUUUAUGUUGCUCAAGUGUACCAUCAUUUGUUGUUUCAAUAACAGCAGCCACACAAGCAUUAGCAUUGAUUGAAUUAUAUAAUGCACCACUAAACAGAUAUAAAUGCGAUGUUUACUUGUUACCAAAAAAAAUGGAUGAAUAUGUUGCCAGUUUACAUUUACCAGCAUUUGAUGCACAUUUAACAGAAUUAAAUGAUGAUCAAUGCAAAUAUUUGGGAAUUAACAAAGCCGGACCAUUUAAACCAAACUAUUACAGGUUAAAACCAAUUUUUGUAAUACUAAAUAUUUCUAGUAUAUAA